CCUGUGAUUCCUACUCCUCCCUUUCAUCUGCACCAUGACAAGCGUUGUUUCUCGGAUUAGCGGCCUACCCAGGUGGCCCCUCCCUGCCCUCCUUCUGUAUCUGGCCCAUAUGCUGCUUAUGGAGGGUUGUUGCUACGCGGCCCCCUCAGGCCCGGAGUCUGACUCCUGCUCCACCUUAGUCCAGAGCCGCUUUUUCGGCUUCUUCCUGUCAUCGUCAGCGUUCCCCACCAUGCCCUGUUCCUGGACUCUGCAGAACCCGGACCCGCGGCGCUACACCAUCUUCAUCAAGGUCACCAAACCUAUGGAAGACUGCGAGCCGUUACAGCUGCGCACCUUCCAGUACGAGUCCUUCCUGGAAACAACGCGCACCUACCUCGGCAUGGAGAGCUUCGAUGAGGUGGUGAAGCUAUGCGAUGCCUCUGCCCCUGUGGCCUUCCUGGAGGCGGGAAAGCAGUUCCUCCAGAUGAGGAAGGGACUUCCUCGAGUGGGAAAGAUCACCAAGGAUGGAGAGGGGGAUUUCAAAACUGAGUACCUGGUGGUCGGAAAGCGCAACCCCAGCAUGGCAGCCUGUCAGAUGCUGUGCCAGUGGCUGGAGGACUGCCUGGCCUCCAGCACAUCCAGCAGGCCCUGUGGCAUCAUGCAGACCCCGUGUACGUGCUGGGAGCCCCCACCGCUGCUCAGUGAGGGGGAUAGCUGUUAUCACAAUGGAGUUUACCUGGAAAACUGUUUACCCAGCGUGAAAGAGAGUGGAAAAAUUGCAGAAAUAAAUGGUGGUUGGAGUGUGUGGGGUCAGUGGAGACGAUGCAGCAGCGAGUGCGGAGGCGGGAUUCAAACCCGGGCUCGGACCUGUCAGUCACCGGCAGAGGAGACAAACCUGUGUGAGGGAGUGGUGGAGGAGGGGCGGCCCUGCAACGCACAGUCCUGCAGCGGCAAAGGCCGCCAUCUCUCUCGCAGCCAAUCGCUUCGCUCGGUGGACAGCCGCAAGCGUGAUGACGUAGACAAGCCCCGAGGCGGACAGCAGAGCCCUCAGACAGUAGACACAGCUUCAGGUGACGAGUGGUCAGCGUGGAGUGUGUGUUCUGCCACAUGUGGGGAGGGCUGGCAGAGUCGCACUCGUCUCUGUGUGUCCUCCCUCUACAGCACCCAGUGUAGUGGGCCCCUGCGCGAGCAGAGAACUUGCAACAACUCUGCUGUUUGUCCAGUGCACGGCGCUUGGGACGAGUGGUCACCGUGGAGUUUGUGUUCAUCGACCUGUGGCCGAGGUUACAGGUCGCGAACACGAACCUGCACCCCCCCACAGUUUGGGGGCGAUGCCUGUGAUGGCCCAGAGAAACAGACCAAGUUCUGCAACAUAGCUGUCUGUCCAGUGGAUGGAGUGUGGAACGAGUGGUCCAGCUGGAGCUCGUGCUCCACCUCCUGCUCCAACGGGACCACGCAGAGAACCCGGGAGUGUAACGGCCCCUCGUACGGGGGCUCCGAGUGCAGAGGGGAGUGGCUGGAGACCGUGGAUUGCUUCCUUGGGGAGUGCCCGGUGGAUGGCAAGUGGCAGCCAUGGUCUUUGUGGUCGGGCUGCUCUAAAACAUGUGGGGGGGGGAACCAGCAGAGAAACAGGAUUUGUUAUGGGCCCUUUUUUGGAGGGGAUUCUUGUCCCGGAGAACGGGAAGAGGUCCGGCACUGUAAUGAGAAGAGAUGCCCAGAACCUCAUGAAAUAUGUGGCGAGGACAACUUCUCCAACGUUGUAUGGAAGAUGACUCCAGCUGGGGACACAGCAGCAGUACGAUGCCCCCCCAAUGCCAUGGGGCUUAUCUUGCGCCGCUGCAGCCUGGAUGAAGAGGGCGUUGCCUACUGGGAGAAUCCCACCUACAUGAAAUGUAUUUCCAAUGACUAUCGCAGCAUACAAACAUUGACCCGGGAACAUUUGUCAAAAGCACAGCGUGGCCUUGUGGGAGAUGGAGUCUCCGAGGUGAUGAACAAGCUGAGGUUGACAUCCAGUGAUGGGACCAGCUACAGCGGAGACCUGCUGGCCAUCGUGGAUGUGCUGAAGAACAUGACGGAGAUCUUCAGGAGGGCGUACUACAGUCCCAGCAGCGCAGACAUGAGGAACUUCGUGCAGUCAGUCAGCAAUCUGUUGAUGGAAGAGAAUCGGGAUAGAUGGGAAGAAGCACAACUGCUGGGACCCAACAUCAAAGAGCUGUUCCGUCUGGUGGAGGACUUUGUGGAUGUCAUUGGCCUGAGGAUGAAAGACUUCCAAGACAUGUAUGAAGUCACCGAUAACCUAGUUUUGAGCGUCCAUAAGCGUCCAGUGGUGGGUCAUGCCGACAUCAGCUUCCCAAUGAAGGGCUGGAGGGGCAUGGUGGACUGGGCCCGCAGCUCUGAGGACAGAGUCAUCAUCCCCAAGAACAUCCUGUCCACCGGCAAGCCAGAAUCAGAUGAGUCCUCCACGUUUGUAACCGGCAUCGUUUUGUACAGAAACCUGGGCAGCGUCCUGAGUCUCCAGAGAAACAGCACAGUCCUCAACUCCAAAGUGUUAUCAGUGACCAUCAAGCCCACCCCUGCCUCCCUCUCUGCACCGGUUGUGGUGGAGUUCUCUCACCUGUACAACGGCACCACCAACCAGACGUGUAUAUCCUGGGAUGAAAGUGACAGCUCCUCUCUGCUGGGAUCCUGGUCUGCCAGGGGCUGCAAAGCCGUGCUAGUCGACUCCUUCAGAACCAAAUGCGUGUGUGACAGACUGUCCACCUUCGCCAUUUUAGCACGGCUAAACCCCGAAAUGAACAUGGAUAAGACUCAGCUGCCAUCGGUGACGCUGAUCGUCGGCUGUGGAGUUUCUUCUCUGACUCUGUUGCUGCUCAUCAUCAUCUAUGUGUCUGUGUGGAGGUACAUCCGGUCUGAGCGCUCAGUCAUCCUCAUCAACUUCUGUCUCUCCAUCAUCUCCUCCAAUGCUCUUAUUCUCAUUGGACAGACACAGACUCGGAAUAAGGUCUUGUGCACCCUGAUCGCUGCGUUCCUUCAUUUCUUCUUCCUGUCGUCGUUCUGCUGGGUUCUGACAGAGGCGUGGCAGUCCUACAUGGCGGUGACGGGCCGUCUCAGGAACCGCAUCAUACGCAAGCGCUUCCUGUGUCUCGGCUGGGGUCUCCCUGCAUUAGUAGUGGCCAUCUCAGUGGGGUUCACCAAGGCAAAGGGAUAUGGAACACCAAGCUACUGCUGGCUGUCUCUGGAAGGAGGUCUUCUCUAUGCAUUUGUUGGACCUGCUGCAGCUGUCGUCUUGGUUAACAUGGUUAUUGGAAUUCUCGUAUUUAACAAACUGGUGUCCAAAGACGGCAUUACUGAUAUGAAACUAAAGGAGAGGGCGGGGGCUCUCCAAUCAGGAACACCUCAGUCUCAGAUGCCCCCUUCCAUGUCAUCAGUGAUUGGUCAGAUGACAGUGCCACUGUACAAUAUGACGCUCAAAUGUGCCAAGUGCGGGGUUAUCUCUUCGGCUGACGUUUCCACCACAGCUACCAGUAACGCCAUGGCAUCCCUGUGGAGCUCCUGUGUGGUUCUGCCCCUGCUGGCCCUCACAUGGAUGUCCGCCGUCCUCGCCAUCACCGACCGGCGCUCCGCUCUCUUCCAGAUCCUCUUCGCUGUCUUUGACUCCCUGGAGGGCUUCGUCAUCGUGAUGGUGCACUGCAUCCUGCGCAGAGAGGUUCAGGAGGCAGUGAAGUGCCGGGUUGUGGACCGCCAGGAGGACGCUAACGGAGAUUCAGGAGGAUCCUUCCAGAACGGCCAUGCUCAACUCAUGACUGACUUUGAAAAGGAUGUGGAUAUAGCGUGCAGAUCAGGCACCAUGAAGCGCUCAUCUCUCCAGGGGGAGGAGAAGGCCUCCUCCGGGACCCUCACCCAUCAGAAGGGGUCUAACUUUAACACCCUGCCUGCCAGCAUGGCUAAAGUGCACCUCCAGAAUGUAGCCGAUUACACCAGCCACACGCUGACGCUGCGCCGGGAGAAGGGUCCCGCCAAGGGCAUCAGCACCGAGUUGCCGGGGGCCAAAUCCAUCUACAUCUGUGACGGAGAGCUCUUCAAGCAGCUGGACGGAGAGAUGCCGCGAGGAAACGGGGAGGGCAGCAGCUCCGAGGGCCCUGGCAAAGGCCCUGGGUACGUCAUUCUCCCGGGCAACAACACCGGCACCCUGAAGCAGGCCAAGGGGAAAGAGGAGCAGUCGGCCAAGUAUAACAUCGGCAUCGAGCAGCUGCCUCAGACCCGGCUCAUCCACCUGGCUAACCCCGCCAACGGGGAGCCCAUGCCUGGCUUUGGGCUGAAGAGCCUGCCUGCCGACCAGAUCAGUGUGUCAUGUUCUGACAGAGACUCACCUGCACACAAUCUGCAGAACAUGCCCAGAGACUCCCAGGGAGCCAACAGCAUGUGUGACGGGGGGGAGUCCGGACACUCCGCUGUGAUGUCCAAGAGCGAGACCGUGUCCACACUGUCCAUGAGCUCACUGGAGAGACGAAAAUCACGCUAUGCAGAGCUUGACUUUGAGAAGAUUAUGCACACCAGGAAACGCCACCAGGACAUGUUUCAGGACCUGAACAGGAAGAUUCACAGUGCAGACAAGGAUAGAGAAUCUCCACCUGUUGACGCCAAAGCUGCCAAAAGAUGGAGUGUGUCCUCUGCCAGCAGCGACAAGACCAACAUGAGUGACAAGCAGCAGACCCCCAGCAAAAGGGCGUGGGAGGGCAUCAGGAAGACCCACUCUCCCCCCUCCUGGGUGAGGAAGGACCUGGAAACGGUGUCAGCCUCCCCUCUGGAGCUGCAGGCUGUGGAGUGGGAGAAGACCAGCGCCACCAUCCCCCUGGUGGGCCAGGAGAUCAUGGACCUUCAGACGGAGGUGUGACCAACCUCACACCCACCACUUCCUGUUGUCCCAAUGCGCUCAGACAAAACAAGCCGAAACACACACACACUGCCCUGCUCCGUAUUUCUACUCAAAGGCUCCAAGCGAGGAUGUAAAGCAGGAAGGAGGGCGGGGAGGAGAGAGAAGCCUCAUGAUAUCAGAAAAUAAAUUCAACCAACUGAAGAGAGGACAGGGAAAUGAGCUCUCUCUCCGUCUCGUUUGAUGUUUGUUUUGUCGGCUCAUCUUGUAAAUGGUCUCGGACACCACAGACAUGGCAGACAGAUUACCCUGGUAGCAGAUUCAGUUACUAUAUGAGCAUCAUGUGUUAUAAACCACAUAGCAAAGGCAAUGUUUUCCCCUGUAUCAAAUGAACACAAUGUUAUAAUCAUAGUUAUGUCUUUUUUUUCUGUUGAGAGUGUCACUGCUCUGCUCUCUCUCUCUCUCUCUCUCUCUCUCUCUCUCUCUCUCUCUCUCUCUCUCUCUCUCUCUCUCUCUCUCUCAUGAUGAACGCUGUCAGGCUCCAGAUGCCUCCGGACUGAUCAUUCACAAUCUCACAAAGGAAAAAACAAGGCAGACUGCCAAAUAAUGCAGCCAUGUGGCCCUUAAUGCAGCCCCCCCCCCCACACACACACACACACACACAACUCUCCCCAAUCCUUAUGGUUCCAACACUUUCCCCUCCUGAUGGGACCAGUUCUGCCUUGCAGUGACAAGUAAAAGGGAAAGGAGGUAAAAAAAGAAAUUAGAAAUGGAAGACGUUUCCCUGAGCAAAAUGAACGCUGGCUUGUCAUCGAUGGACACCUUAGAGAGCAGCUCUGAUUGGUCCUCAACCUCACAGCGACAACAUGGAUGCCAUCAGUGAGGAACUACACACACAUGCUGUUUGACUCCCUUUCUCCGUGUACAAGCAGUCAAUGCAACAUAUGAUGGUGUUUCAAAGAUGUGAAGGUAUUAGUGUGUGCAUUUGUGUGUCUGUGUGUGUCGAGUAGUGGAAGAUGAGUAAAUGACUAAAUCUAUAAAUAUAUAUGGUAUGAUUAAAAGGCGAUGAUGUAUAUGAGGCAUAGGUCAUCCGAGGGUUGCACACAGAAAGCACAAGGCUCUUUUGGAGUCCUGAUGUACAGCAUUGUAAUUAUUACAACAGAGUUCUACAGAAUGGAUUUUAGCCUAUAAAUAUCUUUCUUACUGUGCUUGGGGAUAGUUGUUAUCAUUAUUAUAAAUAUGAACAUGAUUAUUCUGAUACUGAUCCCCCCAUUCCCUCCUCGUCCUGUCAGGGUACUGGACUAUACGAGUGUUCUGUAUCGCAAUGUAACAGUGUGUGUUUUGAUAUUACCGCCAGUCACUCCCUCAGAUCUGUAUUUGUCAAAACCCUGACCUCCGACCUCUGACCCCAAUGAUCUGCGCCCCAACCUGCCCCCCUCCUCCCCUCACUGCCCUUCUUAAUUUACUGGGGUCACCUCUUUGUUAAUGUACA